CGCACUUCGCAUCGACACUUGUGCUCAGUCUCAGUUCACUUGUGUAGGCGUCGCCGAUCGACCCACCGAGGGAUUUGCACUGGAACCGGAACAAUCCCGGAAAAAUCUCCGAACAAUCCCGGAAGAAUCCUUUGAUGCGGAGAAUGCGAGCUUUCUGGGACGGAGUCGAGAUGGCACCACACCUAGCUGUGCGAAGUGGGAUGCUCUCCGGAGCCGUGAGUAGCUUUCGUGACGACUGGUCACAAGUGUCGUUUCCAGAGCGAGUCACGCCAUCUGGCAGUGGUGGAUUCGAGCUGGGUGACGGCGGGUUUUGUGAUAAAGGACAUCCUUUGUUCGCGGAUGACAGGUCAGUCUACCUCCAUGUUGGAUUGUGAAAGGAGCUUCUAGCUUGUGGAAGACUACGCUGACGAGUUGUGUGUGCUGUGAGCAUUGAGGGAAGAGCGAUGGUGCUGAAGUUGUUAGGAACGACAUAAUUGGUGCUGUAGGUUGCUUGAGUCGUGCUCCAGAUUAGACCUCUGAAAAGGAUUUUGGAAACGGGCUCCGUUUUGGAAGCGCCAACUGGGUUCACGGGUAGAGUUACCACAGAGUAGAACUUUUUAGCGAGUGGUAUGGUCCCGACAUACUACAGCCCUGAGGCCUGAGCAAAGUUCACACCAGAGGUCGCAAUGAAUUGGUGGAUUGAAUUUGAUAGGAACGACAGGCCUCGCAUGUGGAGAUGGAAUGGGUGGGAUCGAAAGAAAGGGUUAAGCUCUCCAAGUUGUUGCUUCUCUUUUCCUGUCACUUGCUCUUCACUCUCUCUGCGGGAGAACAGACAGAAUGGAUUUCGUGCUUUUCUCACGCAUCCAUGAAUGCGAAUGGCGUGGACAAACGAGUGCUCAACACCAUCAAGGAUCCAUUUCGCCUUCGGGGAUAUGCUCGAAGCCUUCGAACGCGAGGGUUUGAUGGAGAACCUAACAAAGAAUCUACAGAAAAAAACAGUGAAGAGGUGACAACAGCAUCACUGGACAACGUAUAUUAUGUGGGCGAAGUAAGGCAAUUUCAGAUGGUGAACACGGCAGGUUCAAUGGUAGCUAAGCCAUUGUUAUUAAGAAACUUGCUCCAGGUUCCAUCUCCCUCUGCGCAGGUCGUAAGUCGACGAACUCCGGUGUCAACCAUAGUUAUUGCUGUUGUCGUGAGCGUCGUUGCAACACUUAUUAUAGCCUUGAUUGCAUUCUGCAUUUAUCGCGAGCGCUUGAAACGGAAAAGCUUGGCCAACGACGAGAGACCUCUUGCCUAUUCGGUCUCACGUCUUGGGAAAUUAGAAUCGGAUCAGUCGGGCUUGUAUGGUGGUGAAUCUCUUCCAGUUCAUGCUCCUGCGGCAAACCCAUCUUUGAAAGACAACAUCCAUUCAGUGUCCAAGAGGCUACUAGGUUUACAAUCUCGACCCACCUCGAAGGUUGGUAGUGAGCUCGGUGACGACGUAAAGAAACCGAACCAUGACCUGGACACAAUACUGUCGCAUGCUGGGAUGACGUUUAACCCUAGCUAUUCAAACUUGUACGAUAACAACUUGACAGAAGCGCGAUUUUCAGAUGCAGCGCGUAGCAGUUUGUUUCGGUAUCCCACCAUGCCUCCCUUUUCAAAAAUGGGACUCGAUGGUGGAGCAUUUGGAACUAGGGAGGGAGGGAUGUCCGGCUCCAACGAUAUACCAGUCAAGCCAUCGCCUUCUCCCUUGGAAUUAGACCAACCCCGGCAUUCAAGUGCAGCUGUGAUUGUACCAGAGGCAACUCAACACGAGGUUGGAGAUUUCAAAGUUGCUCAAAAGAGCGAUCUCAAAUCUCAGGCGUCAUUGGUUCUAAAAAUCCGAGCAGAGUUUGAAGAACUUGGCAGCGCAAGUGCCACCCAACCUCAGCCUAAUCACCGUGGCCAGAAACCUAAGUUCAACAAUGCUAUGGAUCCAUAUCCAGUUGGUUGGCAACGAAAUUCCAUGGGGUCGAAACACAAGAAACCCGAUGCUCCGAUCAAGUCGAGUUUCAUAAGUGUUCCAACCCCAGGGCCGCGUCCCUUGCCUGCUCCACCAAUCGGUGCAGCUCGGCCAGAAAUAGUCUCAGAGAUUCCGGAGACUGCGUUGCCAAAGUUGCGGAACUACAUGCAGCAGUUUUCAGCAAAUGGUGAAGACGACGAUUCGAAUAGUGGAGGCUGGUCUACACCAACAUCUCCAUUGUCACAUGAACUGGGACGUGACGGCUCCAUUCGCCCAUCUAAAUCUGUUGAAAAAACUGGUGAAGGGAAAGGGUCAAGAAGGUGGUCAGACAACACCAAAGCAUCGGACUCCUUCACCCGUGGUGGUGAUUUACCCGCAAAGGAGGAUUCUUCUACUCCUCUGCAAACACCAUCACCACCACCACCUCCACCACCUCCACCGCCGCCUCUGCCUGGAAUAAAAAAAGGUCUGUCUCCGAGUGGUAAAUCCCCUCCAUUCCCACUCACUCCCCAUCCUGGAAGCCAAGUUGCUGUACGCCCUCACGAAAUAAAAAAUUCCGAGCUCUUGCCUCCACCUCCACCCCCGCCUCCGCUUCCUGGUGGCAAAAACCCCGCAACUCCACCCCCACCGGCAGAUAGACCCCCUCGUAAUUCAUUUCCUGGUGGAAGAGAUAGCAUCCUGCCGACAUCUUUCUCAGAGGAUUUCCCACAUCGAGAACCUCCAAAGCAGUUGAAGCCUCUCCACUGGGACAAAGUGAAGGCCACCCCAGAGAAAGACGUUGUGUGGCGCGAGUUGAACCAGUCAUUUGAGCUUGAUCCGGUUACACUGGAGACCAUGUUUGGAAUUCAGAAGACGGGUACUACUAAAGCAUCAAUGAAAAUGGCUUCAUUCUUCGGAAAGGGCCAUGAGGGAAUACUCGAUCCAAAGAAGGCUCACAAUUUUGGUAUUCAACUUCGUGCGUUGAGUCUAACAAGGAAUGAAGUCUGUGAAGCUUUACUUGAGGGCGAAGGCCUAAGUGGUGAAAUUCUCGAGAUCCUGGUCAAGGCAGCCCCUUCAGAGGAAGAGAAGAAGAAAUUGCAGGAAUUUGAGGGAGACCAGGGGCGUCUAAGUCCUUCUGAUCGUUUCAUGUAUGCCCUCCAGAGCGUACCCAACGCAUGGUUGAGAUUGGAAUCGAUGCUUUACAAAGCCAGGUACAAGGAAGAGCUUCAAACUGUUCAGGAGACUCUUCAAACACUGAAGGCUGCUUGCAAAGACCUCAAGGAAAGCCGGGUAUUCCGAAAACUUCUAGAAGCAGUGUUGAAAACUGGAAACCGCCUCAAUAUGGGUACGUUUCGAGGUGACGCUCAAGCUUUCAAACUGGACUCUCUUCUGAAACUUGCUGACGUGAAAGGAGUCGACAACAAAACAACGCUGCUUCAUUUUGUCGUGGCAGAGAUUAAUAAAUCAGAAAUUGCUCGGUUAGCUCGAUUGUCUGGCAACGAUGGGGACGGGCAUGUCUCCUUCAAGGCUGCGGAUUCUCCACGCUCCUCUGAUUUCUCUGCAAGCAUGGAAGCAGCCAUGAAGAUGCAUGACGAUCAAUAUGCGCCUGAAAGAAUGCGUAUGGGAAUGAUCAUGGGGUUGCCUGCGGAACUAUCCGCAGUAAGCGAGGCAGGCGGCUUCGACUUGAAUUUGCUGCAGCAAUCGGUUCACGACCUGGCCAAAGGCCUCCAGGAAAUCAAGUCUCAAGUUCGAGAAGGGAAGUAUACGAAAACAGAACCAGGAACAAGCGUAAGAAGACGAUCUAUUGAUCUUAGUAAGGAUACUUUCCAAGAGACAAUGGAGAAGUUCAUCAAGGAUGCCGGUGCAGACGUAGAAGCAGCUCAGGAGGAGCUUGGCGAAGCUCUGCAAGCAGUGAGGGACACCAACAGAUAUUUCUACGGUAACGAAGCAGCAAAGAAUGAUUCCGACCCUCUUAAACACUUCAGGAUCCUAAAGCAAUUCCUCAUUAUGCUUGAGAAAGCUUGGAAAGAUGUCAUCAGGGACAAUGUUAAGCCGCCAUCUCCUCUAUUGAAAGCAUGAGGGUGAAGGUAAUGGUGAAGGUGUAAUAGUAUUUAGUCUAAGUGCGCUAGACCCAGUGUGUUAUAUUGUCUCAUUUUAUUCACUUUUACACAAAAAAUUGAUCACAGAUUUGGAUUACGAGUUCAUGGAAGUAGAAACUUGAGCAUGAUUUCUUAUGCAAUGGAAAAGAUUGAAUUGAAAGGCGAUUCCAGCUGAUCUGUCACCUGGCAGCUUCUUCCCGCCGCUUGAACA